AUGUACUUUUUUGACUGCAUGGACCGAAGCAAUUUGGCAAAUGCGAAGACUGAUGGACUUGACAAAGAUUUGCACCUUGUGGGAAAUGACUACUCCCUCUUGAUUCUUCUUUUCUAUGUUCCAUUUGGCAUAUUUAACUUGCCAUGGAACCUUUUGAUCAAGCGAUUCUCUGGAAGAAUUACGCUGUCAUCCAUGUCCAUUGCAUGGGGAAUAUUAGCUCUCUGUCAAUGUGCCGCUAAAGGAUUCGGGUCUCUGCUUGCAAUCAGACUUAUACUCGGCGUUUUCGAGGCCGGUUUCUUUGCAGGCGCGACAUUUUAUUUGACGCUCUUUUACACUCGCGGAGAAAUGGGAUUCCGUUUGGCUAUCAUCCAAUCAUUCGCUGUUCUAGCGUCCGCUUUCAGUGGGCUCAUCUCCUUUGGGGUAUUCCAGAUUAAUGACCCAGCAGUGAAGGGAUGGCAAUGGUUGUUCAUUAUUGAGGGAUCAAUGACCCUCAUUACAGGUAUCGUCGGGUUCUUCUUACUUCCGGAUAAUGCACCGCAAGCCUGGUUUUUAAGCGAUAGGGAGAAGGCGGCUGCGACAGCGCGUCUUCUUCGGGACACUUCAUCUGAAGUUAACACUGCGUUCGAUCUGAAAUCUUGCUUUGAAUCAUGGAAUGACUGGAAAUUUCCGGUUUGGUGCUUUAUCACGUUCACAUACCCUGUUGCCUAUGCUACUGCAAUGAAUUUCUUCCCCUUGAUUGUUCAGCGACUGGGAUACUCGGUCGUGAAGACUAAUCUCUGGACUGUCGCACCCAACCUUGUCGGUGCAGUCUUCCUGCUAUGCGUCGCCAAAUCAUCGGAUUACUUCCGAGAGAGAACCUUUCAUAUAGUGUUCUCGUUGACAGUCUCACUAGUCGGCAUGAUUAUAUUGACCGCCAUUGAUGUCGAGGGGAACAAAGGUGUGGCAUACUUCGCCUGCUUCCUCAUGGCAGCUGGCUCAUAUAUCCCCUCUUGUCUUGUUCAUGCAUGGCAUAACAAUAACAAUGUCCACGAGAAUUCCCGGGCUGCCAAUACGGGGUUCUUCGUAGGCUUGGGAAAUCUAGCAGGUAUUCUAAGUGCCGGAACAUUCCGAACACAAUACGCGCCCAAGUACCUCCCAACCCUCAUCGCAACUUGCUGUUGCAACGCAGUUUGUAUUAUGCUAGUGCUUGGACUAGGGAGCUGGAUGCGUAUGGAAAACUACCGCCGUGAUCGAAACCAGGGUCAAACAAUUAGAGAGGAUCAGAUUGACACCAGUCGGUUCAAAGAGGGAGAGAAGAGUCCGGAAUGGAGAUAUUUCCCUUAA